AUGUUCCUGUUCAUAAUCGUUGGAAUUUUGUUGCCAAUUUAUUUUCUCAAACUGUAUGUCAGUUACAAACAUCAAAAGAUUCGAACUCAAUAUUCGGUAAAUGGUAAUGACAAAACGGUUGCUUUCUUUCAUCCAUUCUGCAAUGCAGGUGGUGGUGGUGAAAGAGUCUUAUGGUCUGCCAUCAAAGCUCUACAUCAUCAAUAUCCGCAUCAUAGUUAUAUCAUCUAUUCUGAUAGGUAUAAUGUAGAGCCAUCGACCAUAAUUAGAAAAGCUAACCAAACAUUUCGAUUGGAAUUGGACGAAGAAAUAAUGAAUGUGCACUUCAUACAACUCCGACUAUGUUGGCUACUUUUGGCAAAAUAUUAUCCUAUUUUUACUUUGCUCGGCCAGAAUAUCGGCUCUUUGAUCGUUGGACUUGAAGCGAUGCUUCGAUGUCCUCCUGAUAUUUAUAUCGAUACAAUCGGUGCCAGUUUCACUUAUCCUUUGUUUCGUUGGUUUGGCUCAGCAAAAGUUGCUACAUACACUCACUAUCCAAUGAUCAGUACUGAUAUGCUACAAGUGGUCGCCGACAAUCGGUCCACAUUUAAUAAUCGACCUCUUAUUGCUCGAAGUCGCUUCUUGACCAAAAUUAAACUAGUCUAUUAUCAUUUGUUGGCUUGUUGCUAUCGUAUGGCUGGCAACAGUGCAAAUGUCGUAAUGGUGAAUUCCACUUGGACAAGAAACCAUAUUGAACAGCUUUGGAAUCGAACAGUGGCCGUUGUCUAUCCACCAUGUAAUGUGGACAAUUUACGUAGUCUUGGUCUAACCAAUAAGAAAAAUAACAUGAUUAUAUCAUUGAGUCAAUUUAGGCCUGAAAAAAAUCAAAAACUUCAAUUACAAUCGAUUUCCAGAAUGAUUGACAUUUUGCCGAAAAAUGAAUCAUCUGAAAAACCACUUUUGGUCAUGAUUGGCAGUUGCAGAAAUGAAGAGGAUGAACAACUGGCACAAAAUCUAAAGAAACAAUCAAUCGAAUUAGGUAUCGAGAAUUGUGUCGAAUUCAAAUUAAACAUUGUAUAUGAUGAAAUGAUUCGGCUGAUGGAAGAGGCUAGCAUGGCCAUUCAUACAAUGACUAAUGAACAUUUUGGCAUCAGUGUUGUAGAAUUUUUAGCUGCUGGAUUAAUAACCGUUGCUCAUAAUUCUGGUGGCCCAAAAUUGGAUAUUAUCAAUGAAAAUGAAACAGGAUUCUUGGCUGAUGACUGUGAUCAAUUUGCACACCAACUGUAUAGAAUAAUGAAAUUGUCUGACGAUGACAAACAUAAAAUUCGACUGAAAGCGAGAAAAUCAAUGGAAAAAUUUUCACAGCAAAAUUUUGAACAAUCAUUUCGUCAACAAAUGUCUUUAUUGCUUUAAUCUUUUAAUAUUAAUUUUUCUGACCGGAGGCAGUCAUAAAGUUGUCAGCAAGUGAACCGAGAAA